UUUUAUUUUCAAAAAUAUAGUUUAAACUAAAAUGAUAAAUGUUAUCUGGGCAGUUACACUCUAUACUAUUUUGUUUAUUUGUUUUCUUGUUUUGUUAUUUUUGAUAUCAAGAAAUGAAUUGCUAAGUGAGUUUUUCUUUGCAAAAUUUCAAAAUGGUUGCAUCUUCUUUCCAACAUGGAUUAAAUGUUUUUUUGAGUAUUUGUUAUAUCAGAGAAAUCAUGUGCUUCCAGUUUGCUAUAUCUUGUUGUUAAGCAUUGGGUUUCUAUUUUAUACGUUCACAGCUUUCCCUUAUGUUUCAGAAUCAUAUUUGGGAAAAUCUCCAUAUGUACUUUUAGCAGUAAACUUGUUUUUUUACAUCAAAUGCUAUUAUAAUAAUCCAGGUAUCAUCACUCACAAAAAUCAAACUUUUUAUGCUCAAGCUUAUCCAUAUGAUGGUUUUAUGUACAAUGGGGAUGUUUGUAAAAGUUGUCUUAUUAAGAAACCAGCCAGAUCAAAGCAUUGCAGUAUUUGUAAUCAUUGUGUUGCAAGAUUUGAUCAUCAUUGCACAUGGGUAAAUAACUGCAUUGGUCAACAUAAUUAUAUAUACUUUUUCUUCUUCUUGUUGACUCUUGUAUCAAUCUGUGGCAUUUCUUCAUUUAUCACUGCUGUUGUGUUUUUACAUAUAAUUGAAAAAAGGAAUUUACAUCAAUCAAUCUAUUCAAAUAGUAGUGGCAUUGUUCUCCAACCAACAUUUGGAGUAAUUUUAAAUUUUCUAAUUGGAGAGUACCCCGUGAUGUCGUUUCUAUUAAUUUAUUUGUUGUUUUUGUUUAUCGUCUUAACAUGUUUUGUUCUCUUUCAUCUGUUUUUGGUUGUUACUAAUCGAACAACCAAUGAGAUUUUUAAAUCAAGAAGCUCAUAUUCCAUUGCACGAUCAAAUGCUAAAGUCGACGUCAUGCAAAUAAAAAAGUCGGAUAUAUCCAAUAAUCGAAAACCAGCAUUAAACGUAAAUGGUUAUUUUUUUAGCGUUUAUAGCAAAGGCAUUUUUAGCAAUAUUUUGGAAUCUUUAAGGCCAUAACAAUACAUUCAAAUUACCUAACACAGUUAUAUUAAUUAGUGAAAAUGUGGAAAACUUUGAUUUUAAUAUCAAAUAAUAAUAUUUGAUAUCAUUUAAAAUUAAAAAAAAAAAGUUGAUAUUGAUAUUACUGAAAACGUUCAAAGGAAAUUGACAAUCAGAUUGAAGAUUUAAUACUGAAUUUAUGUUUUUUAACUGAUUUUAAUGUUUUAAUACUGAUUUUAGAUUAGAAUCAGUAUAAAAAUAUAACAUUUAGAUGUUUAUGACUUAUUAAAAAAUAAAAUUUUGUAAAUUAGAGUUUUAUAAAAAGAAAAAUGAUGUUUUGACACCAUAGUUUUUAUAUACAUAAUUUUUUAUAGUAUUUUGCUAUUUACUUACGCAGCUAAUAACUGACAAAUCUUGUUAUUUCUGUACUACAGUGAGAAUAUAAGUUAGAGUGUUAUUUCCACCACCAACACUCCCCACCUCAUCGCACCUCAACUUGCAAAAAUUUGACUCACUUUUUUACUGAAAGAUUUAGUUCUCAAUAAGAUUUUUAUAAUUUAUUAAUUGUAUAAUGUUAUGUUUAUUGUGAACGAAUUAAAUGUCGUUGCAUAAUA